AUGCAGGACAGAGUUGUUCAGAGUCUGCAGCAGUUGGUUUAUAACUACACCAAUUACCACACCAUGGAUGAGAUUUCAGACUGGAUACAACAAAUGGAGAAGGACCAUCCUGAUGUUGUCUCUAGAAUGGUCUAUGGGACAACGUAUGAAAAGAGAAAUAUUACUCUGCUCAAGAUCGGGCUAAACAACACCAUGCCAAAGAAGGCAAUCUGGAUGGACUGUGGGAUCCAUGCCAGAGAAUGGAUCUCUCCAGCCUUCUGUCAGCACUUUGUGAAGGAGAUCUUGGGCUCAUACAAAACAGAUGGAAAGAUGAGAAAGAUGUUUAAAAACCUGGACUUCUACAUCACCCCAGUUCUGAACAUGGAUGGAUAUGUGUAUUCUUGGAAAGACAACUCUACUCGUCUGUGGAGGAAGUCCAGGUCACCAGGGCCUGGAAACUGCACGUGUUUCGGCACAGAUCUAAACAGAAACUUCUAUGCAAACUGGGGAAUGGUGGGAAUCUCCAGGAACUGUUGCUCAGACAUUUACAGUGGAGAACGUGCUCUGUCCGAGCCUGAGGCUAAGGCGGUGACCGACUUCCUGAGUGCAAAUCGAAACAACAUCCUCUGCUUCCUCACUAUCCAUUCCCACGGGCAGCUGAUCCUGGUCCCUUAUGGAUAUCCUGAUAUCAUACCACCAAACUAUGAUGAACUGAUGCAAGUUGGUCUGGCCGCAGCUAAAGCAAUCAAAGACGUCCACGGAAUGGACUACACGGUGGAGACUCCUCCUAAUGUGCUGUACGCAAAUUCCGGCUCGUCCCGCGACUUUGCGCGUCUCAUCGGCAUACCGUUCUCCUUUACCUUUGAACUACGGGACAAGGGCCAGCACGGCUUCACGCUGCCAGAGGCGCAAAUCCAACCCACAUGUGAGGAAGCCUACCAAGGAGCAUUGUCUAUAAUCACCUACGUCCACGAUAAGACGUUUGCCAGCGCGGCUUACACAGAGACGGCCACACUGUGGAUCACGCUGUGGGCUAUUUGGCUCUCUAGCGCCACUGCGCUGUGAAUUUAUGACGUCUACCCUCGCCGUUUAACAUCACGUCAAUAUCUGAGUAUGAGCCAGAUUGAUAAUGUCGGAAAGCAAAUUGAGUUAGAGAUGUAAACCAGUGGAAGAAAAAAAAGCAAGUCAAGGAAACAUACUCCUUAUUUUAAAUUAGUAUAUGGAGACUUUUUGUUUAAAUAUAGGCAACUUAAUAUUGAUUGGAAUAAGUCCCCAAAUAAAAUGUUAUCUAAAACAAUACAAGACUGUGAUUUGGGGGGAGUAGUCAUUUAUAAGGGUCUGACAGUGACAGAAUGCGAAACCUGUGUUAAAAAUGUACAGUCUAAAAGUAUCUCAGAAAAUGUUCGAGAUACUGCGUGGCUCAUAUCUGUUGGAAGACUGCCUGUACGAUGUAUUGUCAAAUGGAGUUGUUUUGUUACAACUAAGGAAUGUCCGAUGUAUAAUUGCAUAGCCGACGAAACGAUAGAACACUUAUUACUGCAGUGCACAAGGACUAUUGAAAUGUGGGGGGAAAUGGAGGGUAUUGGGUUUAAAUGGGGUCAUAACAGGAAAAAUAUUAUGUAUGGAGUGUUUAAUGAGAAUUUGACUGAGAAUGUAAAGGACUUUUGUUGGAUGGUUGUUUGUGUGAAAAAAAAAAAAUGUAGAGCGAAAUGUAGAGAGAUAACAGCCAACAGUUAUCUUAAGUGUAAUAUGCCGCUCCACACAGAGAAUGUAUACAGUGCAGAGUAGCUUACACUUUCUUUUUCCGUUUGAAACGGAUUUAAUACAAAGUCCCUACUCGUUUCCAAACUGUAUUCAUGAUGUUGCAUUCAUGAUGUAUUUGA